GUGAUAACGUUGCUUCUCACUGUGUCUGUUUACUACUUGAGUGUUUGGGAUAGCCAUGAAAUUGCUGCCCGAGUCCACCUCCUUCCUGCUGUUUUUGCUGCUAUUGGUCGAGCUUCCGGUCUUAACGAUGUCUCGUCCCACCCCUGUGAGACCGCACAAAGAUGGUCUGACGACACUGCUUAAGCAGAUGCAUCAGCUGCUGAACCUAUUGCAGAGAGUGCUGAGCGACUUCGACACUCAUAUGCCGUUUGAGCAUAAGAUCCCUUCCCUGCCUACUAUAAACUUCAGGCCACAAGACCUUGCAGCAGUGGAGGCAGAUUCAACUCUAUCUCAGCUGUCUUCUGGCCUCAACUCUUUCAAGUUGCACUUUGACUGGUUGCUGCACUGGCAGAACCAGUCUGGUUUGGUGUCAGAUGAAACCAAGAAGAUCGCUGAACGCAUCCAGUUUAUCAACACUCUGGUCCACAAACAGAUGCCGCAGUUGCCUCCUGAGAGCACCACUCUUUCCCUCCCUGCUCUUACCUCUGCCUGGGAAAUAUUCCAGACAUCUGCAAUAGUACACAGAAGACUACUGCAGUUCUGUGACUGGUAUCUCAGAGCUCUUCGCGUCCUCUCCCACCAAGCAAACAAAAGGCAAUAG